UUAAUUACUUUUCUUUUUUUUUAAAUUUUGUGUAGAUGUGGCCAUCCCUUAUUAAGAAAUCAAAAGAAGGGGGUCUUAAUACUAUUGAAACUUAUGUUUUUUGGAAUGGCCAUGAACCUCAACCUCGUCAGUAUGAUUUUUCUGGAAAUCUUGAUCUGGUUCGUUUUAUUAAGAUCAUUCGUGAUGAAGGACUGUAUGCCAUCCUUAGGAUUGGACCAUAUGUCUGUGCAGAAUGGGAUUAUGGUGGAUUUCCAGUUUGGCUCCACAAUUUGCCAGGCAUUGCUUUAAGAACUAAUAAUGAAGUAUUCAAGAAGGAAAUGCAAACUUUUACAGCAUACAUAGUGGAGCUGAUGAAAAGUGAGGGUCUAUUUGCAUCACAAGGAGGACCUAUAAUCCUUGCUCAGAUUGAAAAUGAAUAUGGCAAUGUUCAAUGGGCUUAUGGAGAUGAUGGAAAAAAAUAUAGAGAUUGGUGUGCUCAAAUAGCUGAAGAUUUCAGAAUUGGUGUACCCUGGAUCAUGUGUCAACAAGAUGAUGCUCCAUCACCAAUUCUUAGUGCAUGUAAUGGUUAUUAUUGUGACCAAUGGAAUCCUAGAAACAGCAGCAAUCCCAAGAUAUGGACUGAAAAUUGGAGUGGCUGGUAUAUGGAUUGGGGAAAUAGAAUUCCGCGUAGAACUGCUGAAGAUCUAGCUUUUGCCGUUGCUCGUUUCUACCAACUUGGUGGUUCUCUCCAGAAUUAUUAUAUGUACCAUGGUGGGACCAACUUUGGCAAAACAGCUGGUGGACCGUACAUCACCACAUCUUAUGAUUAUGAUGCACCAUUGGAUGAAUAUGGUAAUUUACGCCAACCCAAAUGGGGACAUCUUAAAAACCUUCAUGAGACAUUGAUGUCAAUAGAAGAAAUUCUCCUCUAUGGUGAGAGGACAUCUAUGGAUUACCAGGAUAACAAAUUUGUCACCAUCUAUGCUUAUCAAGGAAAAAGAAGUUGCUUUUUUGCUAGCAUAGAUGAGAACAAAGAUCAGACAUUAACAUUUGAAGGGAAGGAUUAUUUUCUUCCUGCAUGGUCUGUCAGCAUCCUUCCUGAUUGCUACACAGAAGUUUACAACACAGCUAAGGUUAAUGCCCAAACAAGUAUUAUGGUGAAAAGGCCAAAUGAAGCAGAUGAUUUUGAGGAGCCUUAUGAUUUGGUAUGGCAAUGGAAAGAAGAGAAAAUCCCUAGACUUAAUGAGAAUGGAAUUCUUAAGGGUAAUUUUAAUUUCUUGGUUUCCAAUGUCCUCAUGGAUCAAAAGAGGACAACCAAUGGUACCAGUGAUUACUCAUGGAUUUUGACCAAUUAUGUGCAUAAUGCUAGUGAUCCUCAAUGGGGAAAUGACAAGGAUAUUAUUCUCCAUGUGCACACUGAUGGGCAUGUUGUUCAUGCUUUUGUUAAUGGAAGAUUCUAUGGAUCACAAUUUGCAGAAAAUGGUCAUUUUGAAUUUAUAUUUGAGAAAAGCAUUAAAUUGAAACAAGGAAAUAAUGCAAUCUCUUUACUCGGUGGGACUGUUGGAUUAGCUAACUAUGGUCAAUUUUUUGACACUGUAAGAGUUGGAAUCCGAGGUCCUGUUAAAAUGAUUGCAAGAAGCAAAAAUGGGGAACCAGAUGUGGUUAACAAUAUUUCAUCAUACAGAUGGGUUUACAAGACUGGAUUAAUCGGCGUAGAUCAAGGACUUCACCAAUUUCAACCUCGCUAUCUACACAGUUGGAAUACCGAUAAGCUUCAAACUAAUCGGCCUUUCAUAUGGUACAAGACAAGCUUCAAGGCUCCAUUGGGAUCAGACCCUGUAGUGGUGGACUUGCUUGGACUGGGGAAGGGAGUUGCAUGGAUUAAUGGACGUAGCAUUGGGAGGUAUUGGCCUAAGUAUUCAGCCUCAGAGGAAGGUUGUGAUAUAGUUUGUGAUUAUAGGGGAGCUUAUAAGCCAGAAAAAUGCAAUAUUGGCUGUGGGAAGCCUUCGCAGAGAUACUACCACGUCCCUAGAGACUGGCUAAAAGGAGAAGAUAAUCAGCUGGUUUUGUUUGAAGAACUAGGAGGCAACCCAUCUCUUGUUUCUAUCCAAACUGUCACUGUUGGUACAGUUUGUGCAAAUGCUUACGAAGGGCACACGUUGGAGCUAGCUUGCCAUGCAGGAAGCAAAUUUUCUGAUAUCAAAUUUGCUAGCUUUGGAUUGCCUGAAGGUGGCUGUGGUCAUUUCAGAAAUGGCGUAUGCCAUUCUGAGAAAACUUUGUCAGUUGUGCAACAGGCUUGUCUUGGCAAAGAAAGAUGUGUUCUUCAAGUUAAUGAGGAUGCUUUUGGAUCUUUACGUUGCAAUGCUGAUACUUACAGGCUUGCUGUUGAAGCUGUUUGUUAGGAUCUGUGAUCUGUUCUCCAUUACAGUAGUGUCAGAAUUCAUGAAUGUAUGGACUCUCUUUGAUUUGUUAGGUUAGAUUUAGAUUUGGUCAGUUCAUGAACUCUGUUAUGUUAGGAUUCUUUUUGGGUAGGAAUAGAUUUGCAAUUCGACUUUGAGAUAAUAUCAAAGAGUUAUCUUUCUUCUGUUGCUA